CGUCAAGCCAGUUCCUGUGCCAGUGUGGGUCGUUUGACAGAAGUGUAUCUGCACCUUUAAAGAUGUUACUGUACUUGGAUUAUGCCACACUGUCUUGGAGCUUAGCUUCAACAUGUAGAGGUUAUGAACAGUUUUGAGGAACAAGUGGAAACAUCAAAGAGCUGUUAACAAAGGCCACUUGUUUACAAGGUUCUUAUGAUGGCAAGGAAUACAAAACAAAAUCCUGUGAUUGUUGUCACUGCAAAAUGAAAGAUAUGCCGACCAAUGGAGAGACGUCAGUGGGCAUUGACAACCAGCGCUCCAGUGUGGAGUCAGGGGUGGAGAUCACUGCCAGCUCAUCUCAGGGUGGGGAUGAGGUGCAAGAGAAGCGACCCACCCCAUAUGAAAGACUGUCUCAUGAUCUCAGCAAUGACAACAAGUGUAUGAAAGAAAUCACCCUUGGGAAGAGGAUAGGAUUUUAUAGAAUACGAGGAGAACUUGGAACUGGAAACUUUUCCCAAGUCAAAAUGGGGAUCCAUGCCUUAACUAAAGAAAAAGUUGCCAUCAAAAUAUUGGACAAGACCAAGUUAGAUUCUAAGACACAGCGAUUGUUGUCUCGAGAGAUUUCCAGUAUGGAGAAACUGCACCAUCCAAACAUUAUACGUCUGUACGAGGUUGUGGAGACCCUUGCCAAACUACAUAUAGUCAUGGAGUAUGCUUGUGGAGGGGAACUCUUCACUAAACUGUCCAACGAAGGCAAACUGCCUGAAGCUGAAGCCAAAUUACUUUUUGCUCAAGUCGUCGCUGCUGUCGAACACAUGCAUGACAACAAUAUUAUUCACAGGGAUCUGAAGGCUGAAAAUGUGUUCUAUGCAUCUCCAAAGCUAGUCAAAGUGGGAGACUUUGGCUUCAGUACAUACAGCAAGCCUGAACAAACUUUGAAUACAUUCUGUGGUUCACCACCAUACGCUGCACCAGAGCUGUUCAAGGAUGAGAGUUACUUUGGGACUUAUGUAGAUGUGUGGGCACUUGGUAUCAUGCUGUACUUCAUGGUAACUGGCAUAAUGCCUUUCCGUGCUGACACUGUUGCCAAGCUGAAAAAGUGCAUCCUUGAAGGUAGCUACACCAUUCCGUCCUAUGUGUCUGAUAGCUGUCAAUUUCUUAUACGUAGUAUUCUCAAAAACAUUCCACAAGAUCGUUUCACUAUUGCUGAAAUAAAACGAUCUGAUUGGCAAGAAGGUCAGGACUUUCCAGCCCCUUUGGAACCAUUUAAUAUGAACCCCAGUACUGGUUCAUUGUCUUUAGGUGAUGAGGAAAAGGAAGCGCGGAAGAUAAUGAAUGACCUUGGCAUUGGUGAGGAUCAUUUCCGUCAAAUGAACGGGAGGGAUUCGAGGAACAGCAUCACAGGGACAUAUCGUAUUGUGUUGCAUCGUGUGCAGAAGAAACAUUCGGGUGUUGUUGAGGGCAUGACCUCAUCUACAAGGGACGUAAGCCUCAGUGAUCGGAAUCAUGGUCGAUUCCAACCUUCGUCCAAACAGCAGUCAAAAUUCUGCAUCAUCUUGUGAUAUUUGUUUCUAGAUACAUUGUGAUACCAUGGUUUAAAUGAAAUAGCCAGGAUGAGGUUUUGUGGCUGGACUGAAAUGGCCAGAACUGAAGUUUUGUGUACCAUAUCAUUUUGAAUUUUUUGGUUGUGAAAGCAUGCAUAUUAUUUCUUACAAAUUUGUUAAGAUGAAGAAAUAUUCCUUUGUUUUUGUAGAAGCGAUCAUGUAAGGUAAUUAGUUUGUCAUAUGUUUUGCUCUUUAUCCAUUUUUUCAGUCCACAUUUACAGUUUAUUUAAACCAUGAUAUUGCAAGAUCGAGAGAGACAUAUUUUUAGCCAGUGCAGAAUAGUCAACUUUUGAACUAUGUAUAUUUUGUGAAGUGCAUGAUCAGUGAAAUGUCAUGUAACAAAUUCCAGGAAUAAGGACUUUACAAAAUUCACUUAAAAAAGAACAGAAUUUUUGCUUCUUACAUUCCACAGAUGUUUCUGUUAUAACACUUAUGUCUGGUUUUUUUAUAUCUAAGUCAUUACUGUGUGUUUGCAGUAUGUUGUAUGUCUUUAAGAACCAAUUAACCUGUUUCAUAUUGCUACCAUCAUGAUGAUCCUGAGUUUCACCUCAUGCAUCUUUCAGAUACAAAUUAUGUUUUAAGAUCAAAUAAUAGUUGUUUACUUAGUUCAAAAAUGUUUUGGAAACUUUCUGUUUUAUAACCACAUGUUAUUGUAUCAUGUUUGGGUAAACAGAUGGCUUUCAAAUAUUUUCUUUUAUGGAUUAUGACCUAUUUGCCAAACACUGUAUAUGAGUGUCAGCUCUGGUGUUACUUCAGUGGUAAUACUACAAAUGAUAUGUUGGAGCUGUUUGUGAUAAGACUGUCACAAUCCUGUUCUGAUUUAUGGAAAGGAAACUUUGUUUUCCAGGUUGUUAAAUUCAUGAUUGGUCAUGUACAGACUCCUAAAUCAUAUUAUCACAUUACAGAUAGUUUACAAUUUUUACAAUUUAGCAAGAUUCAAUUUUUAUUCCACUUUCUACAGUGUAUUGAAUCAAACUGAAAAACUGUUUUGCACCAAACUGAAUCUCGCACUCUUAACUGCUGUUAAGAAAUAAUAAGCAACUUUUAAGUCGCAUUUUGAGAAUGUGCAUUUUUACCUGGAAUAAUGAUUUGGAAAUUGUUUAUAUUUUGGAUAUCUCUAUGUGUAUGUUUGCAUACAUAUUGGGUAGUGGUAUGUUUGAAAGAAGGAUUUUCACUAAGACAUUGUUUGAAUCAUUUAUGGCAUAUUUUAUAUCUCAAAUGAGAAACCUCUGAAUACUAUUUUAAAACACCACUGAAGCUUUUCUUCAGAAACAUGUAACUUUAGAUUAUACUUAUCUGUUAAAACUAUGAUUAUGUUUGUUUUCUAAUGCCUUAUUGUAAUUAAAGUUGCUGAAAUAUGUGUUAAGAAUAUGCCUUACAUGUUAUUUAUGAAUGGUGUCAAGAAAGUGCUGUUAGUCUUCAUUGUAGCAGUGGAUCUUCAUGCUCACAGAGGGUGUUGCAUAGAACUAGUCGAGUUAAAUAUCAGCUAACAAGAUCAGAUAUUUGUCUUCGAGAACAACAUUCACAGCUGUAUGCAAGUUCUACUGUUUUUAAUUGAAUGUUUUCUUUAGACCAUUUCUGUGUAACUUUACUUACAUAAAACCUCUUGCCAUUGUGUCUGUCUGUGAUGUCUACCCUAAAGUAUUAUCAGAGAAGGAAUGGAGGAGGACCUGAGCAUUUAUUUACAUGUGAUUGUAUGCUAUCAGAACCAGAUGAAACUGUGUGUAUGUGCCAAGUCCUGCUUUUGGGGGUUAGCGAUUUCAAUGAGUUUUUUUUAAUCAUCUUGACCUUUAGCUUCAUUUUAUAUAUAAUUGUCUGAAUUCUGAUUUUUUUCAUCUCAAACUGUUUAUAUCCAAAGCUGAAACUAUAAGUUAACUGGAAAUGAGUCUGUGAAACUGGACAAGAUUUUUGCAAAUAACACAACAUUUUCCUACCACCAAUUGUCAGUUUCACCUUGAUUAAUGAACACUGUUACUUUUAAGAGCCAUUUCUUUGUGGCACAUGCAAACAAACAACACAAAUAUGUAAGAUGCUAUGACUGUUUGUAAAUCUUUUAUAACUAGUUGAAACAAUCUGAGCAUUGAAAUCAUUUUGUGAAGUAAAAUUCUGAUUUUUUAACUUAGCCUAUCUCACAUUGAACAUUUUUCCUUGAAUGUCCCUGGAUUCUGGGGCCUCUUAAAAAUCGGAGUGGGUCAGCUUUACAUCGGUUCAUAACACCAUUAUUGCCUUUGGUAAUGAUACAGCAAGAAAUCACAAAACAUUGGAUCACCCAGGUUCAUGAAAGUAUUGCUAAGGGGGUUUUCAGAAGCAAACCCUCAAAAGUGCGUCAUAAUAAAGGUUAGGAUCUGUGAAGUAUGCUAUAGAUCAGACUGCUAGUUCAACCUCCUUGUGCACAAGUCAUCUUACGGUUGUCAUUCCCAACGGACUUGACUAAACUGCCAUCCACCAUCCAACCGUGGGAUAUGUGGUGAAUAAGCUGAAUGUGAGAUAGGAUAAGUUUUAAAGUUUGUAAAGUUCACAGUAAAUUGUAUAUUUAUAAUACCUAUACUAUCUCACAUGAUUGACUUCAAUAGGGAGUCAGUCAAGGUAAAACACACUUGCUGUGACUGCCUACAACAACAGCUAGAGAUGGUACUAGAGGCUGGAGAAUGUUUCCACUCUAAGAUCGCAGUUCAGGGGAAAGUGCUCCAUGUUAGAUAAGAUAUAUUUUAUGAAUAUACUAUUUACUGUAAAAUUUACGAUUUUGUAUUCCAUUUGCAACUGAUAGAGUAGAGGUGUCAUUAAUUGGAAAUUUGAGUAUUGCUAUAUCGACUACAUAUCAAUUCAUAAUCGAAUAGUUAUUCUGAAUAGAUAAAACAUUCUUACGUAGACCUGCAAUUAAACGAUUUAGUGCUAGAUUUGUUUAUUUUUCUGCUUUCUGAGUGUCUGUCUUAACCAUGGUAAUCAUAAAAACAUGUCAACAUUUCUGAAGCAGAGAAUUGUUAAUUUGUUAUCUACAUUCAAACUGAUAUAUCACUGUUGCUAGAAAUAUGAUGAUGUCACUAUUACAAAAAUUCUUGACACCUUUUACAACAAAUAGAAAUUUCACAACAUUGAGUAGAGGACCAUAAAUGGUAUUUUCUGGCAAUGUUUUAGCAGCAGGAUUGGUCAUGAAAACAGUUGAUCAAUUUAUGGUUACUCAGAAAACCAGGAAUCUGAAUCUGAUACAUCAGCUCUUAGCACUCAUAUAACACACUGUGUAGACAAUGCUACUUAGUAGUGCUCACAGUGCUAGUGUAGUACGUCAUUAGACCACAAUCUAUAUUUUGUGGUGUCCAACCUACUAAUAAAUAAGCUUGGAUAGGUCAAAAUACGAAAUUGAUAUAAACUCUGAAGCUCAUUUUGUUCGCUUUUGGGUUGCAAAAGGUGUUUGGGUUGGCCAGUUAAAUGCAAAGAAUUACUUGUGAUACUGUUCAAAGAGCAGGAUGUUUAGUAUUUUUUCAUGCAACAUGAAUUUGUUUUUACUUCCAAGUGGCAUUUUGGUGGGCUGUUUCAAGAUACAUUCCAUUAAAUCAAUGAUUAUUUAUAAAGGUAAUAGUUAUUUCGGGUUUGGGAUUUCAUUAUAUUUCAAAGCCAUCAAAGAUGGAUCAAUGAGGCAAAGGACAUUAAAUUUGGAAUGUUUAUGUCUACAUUUUGUUUUGUCAGUUGAAUCGGUAUACCAAAACGUACAAAGAGUGUGGUCUUAGCAUUAACUGAGGAAAGGGCUAACAUCGGGUAACCAGCCUCUGUCAGUUUUCUGAUAUGCUAUUUAGCCCAUACUGAUACACAUCUAUAUUUGAAAUGAUUCAUUUCCCAGAAGUUAUUUUUAGAUCUUGAUAACAAAUUUUACUUUUGAAAUGAAGCAAUGAUAUAUUUGAUACAGGUUGGAAUAUAAUGUGAAGGUUCAAUACCUGAAUACACAUAUUAAUAAACAAUUGUUCAAGGCAUUCAACAAAGGGACUUUUUCCUCUUAAUCAUAUAUAUUUAUAGAUAUAUAUUAUAUUUGUUCAAAAUCAAUGCACAUCUUCAGUGAAGACAUUUGACUAUGCAAUUCACUUGUCGACAGCAAGAUGCUUAUAGGUAAUACAGGGAAAGGUGAUGCAUGGACUGUUUGUGUAGUGAGUGAUACAACACCCCUAGUUCUCACCUAUGUAUACAUUGGAAUGAUGUGAAUAUUGUUAUAUUAUGCAGUUAUAUAUCUCAUUUUACAGUUUACAUAUCUGUUAAAAACAAUGGAGUGGUCAAAUAUAACCAAAGUGACAACUGUGGAUUUCAAAUGAAGGAAGCAUUGAUAUACUCAUGGAAACAAAUAAGGGAAAAAUGAAAGUACAAGUGUUCCUUUAUUUAUUUCCAGAUAAAGUGCCAUAUAAAGCAUGACAAGAAACCCAGAAAAGAGUAUAGGAACACUUGUACUUUUGUGUGUUCCUCUAUUUGUUUCCAUGAGUAUAUUUCAUUCCGAUUGAGCAGAUUUCCUUUUGGAAUCUUAUUUAUCUGUUUGCUUCUAUUCUUAUGAGAUGAGGCUGUUAUUGCUGUGCCGAGUUGUGUCUCAAUGGUAUCCAGAAACCUAGGAUGAUUGGUUUGAGUCUCAGAUUGGCCCUGUUAUGUGUCACGGUUUGUCAGCCCCAUACCUGUGUUAAUGGGUUUCAGCAAAGUGGUAUAUUCUGACCUAAUGCUGCCACCAUUAUGUAACUGAAGUAAUGGUCCAAGCAGUGGUUAGGUUUAGUUGUGUUGAAAUGGGUAUGCAGUAGUGAGGAAGGUAAACAGUGACAAACAUUUGGACAUACAUUAGUUCACUUCUGGAGGAAAGAAAUUACUGGACAUUUAUGAUUAACUUGAAUUCAUUGCACCAAUGAACCAGUUGCAUGCAUGAAGUAUUGGGGGUGCUAAUAAAACAGUACACUUGUGGAGGAAGGACUAGGGCAUUCUUUACACUAAUGAAUCAGUUGCAUCCAAUCUAUGUUUUGGGGAACUAGAAGCAACUACUAGUUAUCCUUUUAGAACAAAAAUACAUAUGAAUGACAGAUAACAGGAACUGAUCUUCUCCGAGUGAAAUAUCAUGUUUAAUGUUUUUUAAUACCGCGUAAAUUAGUGAUCUCAUACUUCCUCAUUAGUAUUGUCUUUGAACAUGACUGAAAUAUGGACUUGGGCCAGUUGCAAUCAACAGAAUCCCUAUGUCAUUAUCUUUCCUAAUUGUCUGCCAGCCAGGGCUACUUAAACAUGUGGCUAACAUUGAUUGUGUACUUAUCUAUUGAUGACCAAGCCUGCCAUUAUACCAGGCUUUGUAGGUCUGCAGUUUACAGAAACAUUUUCGCAGAGUAAUAGUCUCAUCUCACUGUGGAAAUUUACUGUUGUGGUCUAUAUAUGGGUUUGGUUGUACAGUCUGGAUGUAUUUGACCACCCCUGCACAGAAGCACACAGGACUGAGUGUGUGUGUCUGUGUGUUUGAUCAAGGUGCACUGUGUAGCUAAGUCAUUCUCUGAGUAUUCAUACAAUGUAUGGCCACUUGUUUGUUAGCUUGUACAAUGCCACAGGCUAAAUUACACAAGUAAAAAGUUUGAUUUUAUACAAA